AGGUGGAAGAAGCGAUACUUUCGACUCAAGCCGCGGAAACUAUACUAUGCAAAAGACACCAAGUCUGUGAUUUUUGAGGAGAUUGAUCUCACCGAGCUCAGCGUGGCCGAAUGCAGUACAAAGAAUGCAAACCACAGUUUUCAGAUUAUCACGCCAUUUCGGAGGCUCAUCUUAUGCGCCGAGACGAGAAAAGAAAUGGAAGAUUGGAUCUCAGCCCUGAAGAGCGUUUGCAACAAGGAUUUCUACGAGGGCACCGAACACCAGCAGGAUUUUCUUUCUGGGCAGCACAACUGGUAUGUGACGUCUCAUGCGCGCCCUACCUAUUGCAAUGUUUGCAAGGAAGCGCUCUCGGGUGUCACCUCCCAUGGCCUCUCCUGCGAAGUUUGCAAAUUCAAGGCUCACAAAAAGUGUGCACUCAAGUCUCCAAACAACUGCAAAUGGACAACAUUAUCAUCUGUAGGAAAAGACAUUAUUGAGGAUGAGGAUGGGAACCUGACCAUGCCUCAUCAGUGGAUGGAGGGCAAUCUGCCUGUCAGUGCAAAAUGCUGUGUCUGUGACAAGACAUGUGGCAGUGUUCUCCGGCUGCAGGAUUGGCGGUGCCUUUGGUGUAGAGCCACGGUACAUUCGGCCUGCAAGCCCCAGUGCCCCAUGCAGUGUCCACUUGGUGUCUGUAGAGCUUCGGUGAUUCCCCCAACGGCACUACACAGUACCGGGGCUGGGUCCGAUGAGCCGUGGGAAGCAGUGGUGCCCACUCGUCGGGGCAGCAUGGGAGCAGCCACAGAUCCAUCUCAGCAGGGCCAGCCAGGUAGCACACCUUUGCUGGUGUUUGUCAACUCCAAGUCUGGUGACAACCAAGGAGUCCGUUUCAUACGACGCUUCAAGCAGCUUCUCAAUCCAGCUCAAGUCUUUGACCUCAUGAAUGGAGGUCCCAGCCUUGGGCUUAGGAUGUUUCGGGCUUUUGUGCCAUUGCGGGUGCUUGUGUGUGCGGGAGACGGCAGCGUGAGCUGGGUGCUGAGUGAGAUGGACCGGCUGUCACUGCACCGCCAGUGCCAGACGGGCGUGCUCCCACUGGGCACAGGAAACGACCUGGCACGAGUGCUGGGCUGGGGAUCAGUUUGUGACGAUGAUGCCCAGCUGCCACAGCUGCUCGAGAAGUACACCCAUGCGGCUCCACGGCUUCUUGACCGGUGGAGCAUUAUGACUUAUGAAGGAACCAUGCCACUGCCUUCCAGAAAGAUGUCUACUCUGUAUGACCGAAUCACCGUUUACGAAGAUUCUGUGGUUGCUCACCUAUCGCAGAUACUGCACUCUGAUCAGCACUCAGUGGUGAUCUCAUCAGCAAAAGUCCUGUGUGAGACCGUGAAGGACUUCAUUGCCAAAGUGGGUGUUGCCGACUCUUGUGGUUCUACUGAAAUUGACAAAGACUCUAUAUCACAUAAGUGCAAAAUUCUCAACGAAAAACUGGACUCCUUGCUGAAAACUCUGAAAGAAGAGUCACUGGCCAUUGAGCAGUCGGAGCCUGAGGCACAAAUUGGCAAGAAGGAACCGGACGAAGACAAGGAUGAGAAUAGAACAGGCACAGCCCUGAAGCCAACAAAGGUCAGCUGCGAAUGUUCAUUUGCAAACUUGAGACAGCACCUACUUCUCACCGUGGAUGAACAGAAUGCCCAGACCAAAGUGCGAGAGGAGAAUGUGGAGGACGCAGAACAAGUUUAUCGGGAGGAAGAGAAAGGCCACGAGGUGCAGCCACCAUGGACGGACCUUGUAGACCCUGGCGGAGGAAGCACCCUGGUUGCAGAUGCCGAGUUGUCAGCAGAGCUACCUGUGCUGACUACCAGCUUUCAUGAGUCAUCGGAAUGCUGGGACCCCUGGGGCAUUGCCAUGGGACAGAGUGUUGGUGCACCGCUCAAGGACACACUGCAGGUGACUCUGGCCACCAUCGAGGGUGGUCUUAGUGCAGACAGCUCUCCAUGUCCGUCGCCACACUCUCUAAUGGCCACCCCUUCACCAAGUCCUUCACCGUGCAGUGUGUCACCACAGCCGGCCAAGGAAGACUGUCGGCCACAGCGGGAACUUCGCCGGUCAUCACUGAGUCCAUCAUCUUUGCAUCCGACCAGCCUUGCAUUGACGCCCACAACCGAGGAAGACGAGGAUCGCUCAUGGGGGAGUCCGCAGAGGACCUCGCAAAAGAAGAAAGGUGAAAGCAAGAAAGGCUCAGCAUCCAAAGCAAGCAGCAGUGUUGCAACCGCACAGUCGCCUACUGGCUCCCGACGCAUCAGCAGCGGGAGCACUCUGAAACAUCUGGGCCUCUCGUUGCUUCCUGGCGAGCGAAGCCCAUCAGAGGAGCACCCACCCUCUUCCACGCAUGCGCUGAGCACUUCUCAACAGCACCCACUGCAACUACAGCAGCAGCAGCAACAACAGCAGCAGCAGCAGCAGCAGCAGCGCACUUUCCCCAUUAUAAACCCACUGGCGUCACUACCCAUGUGGCCCAACCUCAACCGUGAGAGUCUGGUGGGCAAGGUGCUACUGGCCAAUGCCGAUGCACUCUGCGCGGCUGCCUCUCCUCUGAUGGAUGUUGAAGAUGUCUCAUUGGAAGGCUUUGAAGAAAAGUGUGUCAUGAACAACUACUUUGGCAUUGGUCUGGAUGCCAAGAUCACUCUCGAGUUUCACAACAAGCGGGAAGAGCACCCUGAGAAGUGCAGGUCUCGAACCAAGAAUUUAAUGUGGUAUGGUGUUCUGGGUGGCAAAGAGCUGUUGCAACGCACAUACAAGAACUUGGAGCAGAGGGUCCAGCUGGAGUGUGAUGGACACCGCAUAGCAUUGCCUUCCCUCCAAGGCAUUGUGGUGCUUAAUAUACCCAGUUAUGGAGGUGGCUCCAACUUCUGGGGUGGAAGCAAAGAGGAUGAUGUCUUUUAUGCGCCGGCCAUAGAUGACAAGAUACUGGAGGUGGUUGCCGUCUUUGGUACCGUACAAAUGGCAGCAUCCAGAGUCAUCAAUUUGCAGCACCACAGAAUUGCACAGUGCCGCUCAGUCCGCAUCACAGUGACUGGGGAUGAAGGAGUGCCUGUUCAAGUGGACGGAGAGGCCUGGGUGCAGCCUCCGGGCUACAUUUGUAUAGUGCACAAGAACCGCACCCAAAUCCUGUGCCGCAACAGGAUUUGCAUUCAGAGACACACUGCGAGCCUACCUUCAAAGGAACUGCUGUCACUGUCAUCUGCUACCGCAUAG